AUGGCAGCCAACAAGCGCCAAAAGACUCUGUCGCAUGGCCGACCACCAUCCAGCAGACCGAAAGAACGCAUGACGUCUGAGCGAUCCCGCGCCAUCAUUCGCGCCCAUCACCGGCUACAGAAGGAUCAUGCAGCGGCUUUGAAGAGAGGAGACACAAAAGCGGCAGAAGAGCUUGUCCGAGAGAUCGAAAAAAACGGUGGCAUCAAAACGUACCAAGCAGCUAGCAAGCAAGGGCAAGCCAGGGAUCGGGGCGGUGACUCCAGCAAGGUUCUUAUCAACUGGCUACAACAGGCGCAAGUGAUUGAUCUUGCAACUCGAGAUCGUAGUAGUACUGGGGAGGCUCCAUUGAGGUGCCUUGAGGUCGGAGCGCUGUCGACGCAGAAUGAGAUCUCCAAGUUCCCGAGCAUCAUCGACAUGACACGGAUCGAUCUGAAUAGCCAGGGCCCCGGGAUCGAGAAACAAGACUUCAUGGAGCGACCGCUUCCUACAGCAGAAGACGAGGGGUUCGAUAUCAUCUCCCUGUCUCUAGUGCUCAACUAUGUGCCGGACGCGAUCGGUCGCGGAGAGAUGCUAAAGCGCAUUACCAAGUUCCUGCGUACGCACGCAGGGCAGUCAAAUAAGUCGACUGCUACCCUACCAGCUUUGUUCCUGGUUCUACCGCUGCCAUGCAUUGACAAUUGCCGCUACCUCAACGAAGAGUUAUUACUACGCAUCUUGGACAAUCUGGGUUUCACUAUGAAAUAUAACAAGAAAACCUCGAAACUAUGCUAUUACCUGCUUAGCUGGACAAGAAAGGAUACUUUUGCAAAGACCGAGAAGAAGAAAAUCCGGGAUCGUCCUGCUAUGAACAACUUCUGCAUUAUCGUGGAAUGA